AUGGCGGAUGAACUGGAGGAAGUGCUUAAAAAAUUCGCCCUGUCUAACCUAGAACAGGAUGGAGCUUGGCUUGAGUUGGACGAUAUAGGCCCUGGAGUUAAUGAGUGUAGGAACAGCAUAAUAGGGAAGAUAAGGGGUGAAAAAGUGGCUAAUUUUACUGGAGUAAAGAAUUUCGUGACUGCAGCCUGGGGUUACCCCAAAGAACUUAACAUGGCUGAGCUUGGGCCUAACUUGUUUCAGUUCUUUAUUCCAGAUGAAGAGAGCAGAUUAAGAAUACUUAAAGGUGGGCCGUGGUUGAUAGAUAAUCAAAUUCUUGUACUCAAUAAGUGGGAGGUUGGAAUCGAGGAAAACACUGAGGCUUUCAGGUUUGCUCCUCUGUGGGUACAGGUAUGGAACUUGCCCAUCCAUUGGAUUUCUAAAGAUGUGGGGAAAAAAAUAGGGAAAGUUUUCAAAGAGGUAAAAGAGGUUUUAAUUCCCCAUUCUGGGGGCAAGGAAGGGAAGCAUCUUAAGCUGCUUGUGAGUGCUGACAUGACCCAACCUCUGUUAAGAGGCACAGCAGUUAAAAUGAAUGGAGUGUCAAAAUGGAUCAACUUUAGGUAUGAAAGAGUGCCUGAUUUCUGUUACAAGUGUGGUAUAAUUGGUCAUAGUGAGAGGAAGUGCAAGAAUGAGGUGAAUAUCAAAAAAGGUCAGCAAGAGAAUCAGUACGGACCCUGGUUACGAGCCCAGACUGGGAAAGUUUCCCCACAAAAGGAUGGCAAACCCAACUCUUACCAUCCAGAUAGACAAGUGUGGGGUUUUUAA